AGCGUAUGAGCUGGCAUGCUAAUGACUUUGGGAGGGAACAUGUUGCUUGCACGUCGAAGCAGGCGAGCUAGGAGGACCCUUGACGAGGAUGUUGCUUCGCUGAUGUGGCGAUGGAGCCCAAUAGGCACUUAGUCUAUAUACAUUGCGGGACUCGUUGACUCGCACGCAUAAACUUUCACACCCUGAAUGUGAACGCUGCGGCUCUCAGUAGACAUGAUUGACUGGUGAAAUUUGGAGGACGAAAAACAGCGCGCCGUAGAAGGCGCAAGAAUCUGGAGGCGUCGCUUUCCCGGCAAACUUUCCUCAAGCAGCACGACCUACAUCAUCGCCAGCUGCUCCGCGAAACACCUCAGAGUCCCAUAUCCUUCUUCCAUCUUUCUUGUAUCAUGCUUGAUUUCCAAUCAUUACAGGAUAGCCUGCCGAAAAUUGAGCCUCCACUCAAAACGCUGUCAUCGCUCGACGAAGUGAUUCAGACUGCACGUGCCUUGUCGACCCGCCUCUUAUCCGACUGGCAUGAGUUAAGGACAAUCACAACAGGUCACGAGGAUUUGGUCAGGAAACGAUGGCGCAAGAAGGCUCGAGAUCAGAAACGAGUCGUGCUUGAAGAGGCUUGGGGCGUUGAUCUGAGUGAAUCUCAUCGACCGGACUUGAUACUGUUUAUCAACAGUGCCACUCAGGAGUCAUCAAAUCUACUGGAUGCAUACAAAUGGCCGUACCUCAGUCUGGAGGAUCUUCUACAACCAAGAGUUCUGCCGAUAUUUCUCGAAUCUCGUACGACACAUCAUCCCUAUGAGUUUUGCCAUGCCGACCUCGACGCGUGUGCGCUUGGCCUGUCUGCUGGCAAGAUUGAGACGGGCAACUUGAAAGGCUCCAUGCUUUUCGACGACAGCGAAAACGCCCAAUCUUACGGUCAAGUCGUUCAGGAAAGUGACGAUAGCGACCCUGUGAACGACCAUUCUGGAUAUCGGUUCAAGCUUGGAGAAGGUUUGCUGAUUCUCGAGACGCAACAACGCCUCUGUCAAUUCCUGCUGGCAUGCGCAAAGAGUAUCAUGCACGAUGUAGCUCCCGAGUCUACGGAAACCAUCUCGCCCGAUCCUGAAGUUCAGCCUUCGUCAGCACAUGAGCAUACCUCGACCAGUCUGGCUGCAAAUACUUUGGAUGCUCCGUAUCUCACUCCUGCAGAGCUGGACAUAUCUCGACUGAAGUCUCUCAUUUCAGCCAAGCGCUCUAGUAUCGCCGACCACAUCUGGCUAUUAAGAGAAGACCCUAGCUACUUUGCAGACUGUGUCAACGAGUGGAAGGAUCAUCAGCCGGAAAUGCUAUUGGAUUCUCAAGGAAACAAACACCCAAUACACAAAGCUGGCUUGACCAAGGCUUUCUGGAACAGGGUGUUAAGGAAGAUGAUCACGGACUCGUACCUUUCAUUAUCACUAUAUGACUCGACGUAUUCAGAGGUUUGUAAACUCGACGAGUUAUUGCAGCAGUACCCAAAGCCACCACCUCUUCAACCACUUCCGGCAGAACUCGCAUUCGCUAUCAAGAAGGUCAGACAUCUUCUGGAAAUGUCCGCCACCAACUCAAUAGCCUUGCUCAAAUCUCACGUUCCCCCUUCACCACCCAUGCUGAAGUACUGGCACAGAGAAGGCACUUCCACAGCAGACCAUCAUUCUAGCAAGUUUCGCAUGAUUCAGAACCCGCGCUCUGAGAACGACCCAGCUUUGGACCGCCUUUUCUGCGUGUACACGACUCUCUGGGACGAGAAGCAAGUGUCUCUGGUUGGUCUGCAUACUUUGGUGGGCGAACUCGAGCGCUUGACGUAUGCCGACACAAAAGCAAAAGACCUCCAGUCCGCUCUGGUCGUUGACAAUAUCGGCGACCUUGGCCUCAUCUCAGAAUGUCUGCAUCAACUCUCUCUUUACUAUCCCUGGUCACGUAGCAUUGAGCAUGAAAUGGCACGUAACCGCCAGCAACUUGCAGAAGAGUUCUAUACAAAGGCCACCGACUGGGAAAACUUCCGAAAGAUGUCCUGGCAAGGAGUGGAUCUGGCAGAGCUUGGUUCACCCGGAGAUGGCCGAUUCUCAUAUCCCAUCAGCAAUCGCCGCACCAAGACGAAUGCUUCCGCACUAUACAAGGCAGAGCAUCAAUUAGAUGCCUUCUGGCACGAGAUUGAUACGCAUUUUGCUUCACAGCCAUCAACCCUUCCGGACAAGAUGAUGAGGCUAUUGCUUGCUGGAGACCGGUCCUUACAUCGGACAACAGAGUGGCAAGAGCCAGUCAAAGCAGAAGUCAAAACAAAUGGCAAACUGAACGGCAGAGCGAAUGGAAAGACAAGCAACAAGGGCAAAGGUAAAAUCAACAGCAUCUCGGCCAUCAACGCAAAAGACAAGCAGACUGAGAAAACCACACCGCCGGUCCAACAAAGCCACGAGUCCUCGGAUGAGCAGCUCUCAACAACAUACCUCCAACUCGGCCGUCACAAGAGGCAUGCUUCACUUCAGGACUCUCCGAGCAAGACAUCUCCAACAAAGUCCAAGGUAACACAGUCACCAUCGAAUGAAGCCAGUAUUGCCUCCUCAACACCCGCCUUGACAGUCGACAAACGCGCCAAAAAGACCUUUUCAACUCUCUUCUUUGUUCCCUCAACCCACGAUACUCCCGCCGAUACCACAUGGACAGACUUUAUCCACGCCAUGCUCUCCUGCAACUUUGGUGUUGAAAAACUCUACGGUUCAAUCUGGCACUUCACACCUCCCGCAGAGCCUGCGGAAACGAAAGCAGGGCAAGGAGAGAGCAAGCAGAGUAUUCAAUUCCACGCUCCAUGGAAUGAAGACCAGAUACGAUAUUACGUGGCUAGAUUGAUGGGUAGAAGAUUAAAACGAGCGUAUGGCUGGAACACGGACACUUUCGUUGUUGUCAAAGAGUAGUACGGAGCGGGGAAGCUGGAUGAAAGUCUUUGUACAUGCGGGAUAUGCAAGAAAGUCAAUCAUUCGUUUUACAUUGCUGCAUAUCUUCUUUCUGAAUGUCUAUUACUCUUUCGGGACGUCAUCACGCCCCCCGAGUAUCUGUUUAUUGCAUCAAGUCGUUUUACCUUUAUCGUCGAUGCCCCUAGGAAGCCCUUUUUCCUCCCCUAAUGCAUACAGCUGGCGAAAUUGUCAUUCUUUUUUU